AUUCAAUCCAUCAAAUGACAAUCACUGUUACCCAAUAAUGGACACGCAACGAUAAUAAGAGACUCAGGCGAGAUCGAACGCCAUGCCUCCUUUAGGCAGAGAAAAGCGCUCAAAGAUUCGACUCGCUUGCACCAACUGUCGGGAAGAUAAAACGAGGUGUGAUGGGAAACGUCCUAUCUGCACGCGUUGCAGAAAGCGCCGCGGACCGGUGACAUGCGUCUAUAAGCGUCCUGCCUCCCUGACAAGAAGGGUCUCCAGCCCGGAACCAGCGGAGCAGCUGCAGCAGAGAGAAAGUAACAAUCGGCUGGACAACGCACAUAGCGAAUAUCUGGCAUCAUCUAGACGCAAUGAGCGUCGAGUCUUCAACGAGAGCCAAGCGAUACCAGAAAUAGUACCUCAGCCAGCCUUUCCCACUCUUUCAAAUGGUAAACAGGAUGUUCAAACUAGAGAUGCCUUGGCCACUGUCCCAUUGGGCGAAGAUACUGAUGCAUUGUACGGGGGAUCGUCGACAAUCGCAUUGUUACGACAUGUUGCUCCAGGCGUUCAUAGUCAACCCACACGAUCUGAGUCAAACGAUGGAGCCUACGCGGAUGAAUCACGGCGAUCUCAUAUUCGAUCUCCGUCCUUUACCACGUAUCCUGAGGUAAUCCGGGAGAAGGACAAAACUGUAGCUAUCUAUCCUCAGCGCCAAAAUGCAGAUGAUUUCGUCCGAUGCUUUUUCGAGUUCGUUCACCCGCUUUUUCCAGUUCUUCACCAGCCCUCAUUCGAAGCACAGUAUGAAUCUGUGUGGUGGCCUCCUGAUGACCAUUCCAAAUCAAGGGAAGAGAAUUCGGUAGGAGAAGACUCCAUUUUCUCCACUACCUUGAAUCUAGUAUUCGCACUAGGAUGCCAGUACAGUUCGCUGGUGCCCCUGGCGAGGAGGUCUUCACUUGCGGAUGAAUUUUACCAACAAUCAAGGAAACUUCUCGUCGUCGAAAUACUUGACACAACCUCUUUACCACUGGUACAAUUGUUGCUUCUGCAGGGAAUCUACCUCCAGUCAUCUAGGUAUCCGACUCGUUGUUGGAAUGUCAUUGGCCUUGCCAUACGAGCUGCACAGAGCUUGGGAUUGCACCUUGAUGUUGACAGUAAAACCCAGUUGUCCCGUGAGAUGAGGCGACGAGUCUGGCAUGUGUGUGUCUGUUUGGAUAGACUGCUUGCUAUGUCAUUCGGCCGACCGACCAUGAUCGGGAAGUCAUGGAACGUACCUAUUCCAUCUUUGAUCGAUGACGAAUAUCUGCUUGAUAAUGGAGAAGAGGGGGUCCAGCCAGCACAUGUCCCAUCUCGAAUGGGUCUGUUCGUGUGGUCCUGUCCAUUGUUCGAAAUACUGGCUGAAAUCCUUGGCUACUUUUACAUUGAUGAUGGAGGGGAUGGGUAUCCCAAACACCUUGGAUCAGAAGCGUGCAACAAGGAAGUGUUACCACGGGUUUUGGAUUUCAACCGACGGCUUGAUAAUCUGUUCGACUCGAUUCCGGAGUAUUUGAAGACGACAAAGAUUACGAGACCAACCAUCUCUGAUAAAAACAGCAGCGUAAAUUUGCAGCAGCAAGUACUCUACUGCAGAUUUUUGUAUGUGCGAGUAUUAUCCCUGCGCCCUUUGCUACUUCUUGCCAGACGCCGUGAACAUCCUUCUUUCUCGACUCGGCUACCAGCAAAGGGACAUCUAUCCCUUGAUGAAGAAUUGAUUGGACGCUGUUGCAAUUUGUGUGUUGUAACUGCUCACCAAAUCAUCGAGAGCAUUUAUGAGCAUCUUGAUACUGCUUACAAAAGUUCUGGUUGGCAUUCCGUAUAUUUUACAUUUGCCUCAAUCACAAUUCUCCUGGCUGGGCUGCAGUGCCCAUAUGUGGAUAUGGACGUUGGUGAUAACUCAUUCGAAGCGAGUUGGAAUCGUUGUCUGUCCAUACUGGAGCACUACAAGGAUCAGAUCCACUCUGCUACCCAAGCUAUCCAUGUCCUCCAGAUUCUAAGGUCACGUAUAUUCAGGAGGGAGACUCAAGGAGUAACCCCAGAAGCUGCUAUCAAAACCCACAAUGGUGGUCCCGAAGUACCUAUGGCCGAUAGCAUCCAGUCACCUCAGAUACCCCCAGCUUUUGAUAUCUCGGAUCAAUUCGACCUAACCAGCUUCAAUCCGCACGGCGCGGAGUUCAUUGCCGAUGCCUGGUUCGGUCAGCAGAUCACGAACUUGGAUCUCUUCUUCCCUAGCUGAAGAGCACAAGAUGCAUUCACUUAUACUGAGCUACACCGCGAUUUAGUAUCCGAUAUUGGAAUCCAUUUCAGCUUCGGAAGGUUGUGGAA